CUAUCGGUCUGACUUCCGUGGCCAAUACAGAGAGCGAGACCGUCAACCGAUUGUCGUCACACCGUGUUUGAGGUCCGACAUGGGCCGCGGAUGAGUGCUAUCAACCGUGACCGAUUUAUGCCGGGACGAUCGGCGUUAAAGUGUCGCGCGUUGUAGUUAUGACGGUGAAGCGCACUCGAUCAUAUUGCAAGCGCUUCGGCGAAUUGUCGGUACGCGCGAGUGGAGGCUCUCGAAUGGCGCCCACGCAGGACGUAUACCGGAGAGUGCGAUGCUAACAAGUAGUAAUAGUAGUAGUAGUAGUAGUAGUAGAAGUCCAGCUGACUCUGACAAAAUGGUAGGGCCCUCUCUAUCGGCGGGAGGUUAUAGAUUCGUACGUGCUACAUAAUCCGGUACCGUCGCGGUUAGGGUACGAUGAGUACUGAUAAUCAUGAUCAGUCCAAGCCCAAACCACCACCACCACCAUCGUCAUCGGCAUCGGCAUCGGUAUCGGCAGCAGCAGCAGCAGCGGCGGCAACAUUACCACCACCACCGCCACCACCACCGCUACCACCUCCACCUGCGAUACCGCCAUCGCCAUCACCACUACCACCAUCGUCUACGCGGAACAACGUCCCCGUCGACGAGUACGCUUUCGACGGCACGCGCAUCAAGAAAGAACAAAGUGACAUUUGUCUCGAGAACGGCGACGGCGCCGGUGCCAGCAACGUCAGUGGAGGCGGCGGUGGUGGCAACGGUGGUGGCAGCGGUGCUGGAGGAAACGGUGGAAUCACAAAAGCCGGUAUCAACGACAACAAGAGACCGCCGGCCACCCCCGCUCCCAUUGCCGGUAGGCUCUCCAACGGCUUCCACGAAGGCGACCUACUUCAGGACAUCAUCGCGGCCAAGUUCACGACCCUGGCGAAUCACGGCUCCACCGGCAAGAACGACAAGAUUCGUCUGAUGAUUGAGGACAGCGUCAGUGAAGAAUCAAAAUCACGAGUUCAGGAAAUAUUUUCCCAAGUUGAGCAACUUAAAAUAGAGGAAAAAUUGUUGCUGUACCUGAAGCUUCCAUUGUCAUUGAACAAUACUGGAGGAACUGUUGAUCCAUUGAGGCAGCCAUUAAAUCCAUUAGGAAAUCGUUAUGAAAUUCAUCAGACUAUUAUGUGGAUUAAAACACAUUUGGAAGAGGAUCCUGAAGUUUCCUUACCGAAACAAGAGGUCUAUGAAGAAUAUAACAUGUAUUGUAUAAGGAAUUCUAUGAAACCACUGUCAACUGCAGAUUUUGGAAAAGUUAUGAAACAAGUCUAUCCACGGGUACGUCCUCGAAGACUAGGCACAAGAGGCAAUUCUCGUUAUUGCUAUGCAGGAAUGCGCAAGAGAGUUAAAUUGGAAGCUCCGACGCUGCCUAACAUAUCUGGAAAUCAAACUGAGGAUGGUACAGAAGAAAAUAUUACCGAAGAAAUGUUAGGUGCUGCUUCUACAUUGAUUAGGGAAUGGGCAGAAAGUGUGUUAGGUUUUAAAUUUCCAACUUUGAGUGCCUUAGCACGUCAUCUUGUGGAUAAUCUUUGUGUCGAUACGCGAUCUCUAGCUGCUGUGUGCAUUUUAUGCGCUUCCAGGGAACCUGAUACUUCAUCUAACGAAGAGUCAACGACUGGUUUGUCAGUUACAUCAAUAUCUGGAAAACCAGGAAAAUUAAGAGAAGCACAAAUACAAUUACAACGUAAGCUACAACAACGAGAGCAUAUAAAAGAUCAAAAGCAUAGGCAUAUUGACAAUGUUACACAGAAUCAGAAUAAAGAAAAGAUUAUUGAUAAUAAAGCAGGAGUAAACAAAGGAAGUAAGAAAGUUAAGACCAAUCAGUUGCCUCAGGGUACAAAUAUGCCAGCUGGACAAUAUGUGUUAAACAAACACAAUUUACCUGCCACUGUAACAGUUCGGCAAAAAAAGGUUCUUAAAGCUAGCAGUCAACCCUGCAACAACGUUUCUCCGGAAUCCAACUGUGAUAAUAUAGUGGUACAAUCGAUCGAAGAUGUUCAGAAUAAUAGCAGCACUAGAGUAGUAACGACCAAUUGCGUGAAUUCAAAGCGAGACGUUAAACCUAAAAAUUCCAGAAAGCGUGCCAAUCUUAAUGUACCAAAUCAACCAUCGGAAUCCAGUCCUGAGAAGCAAACAAAACUUACAGAACAACAGGUACAUGAAAAUGUAGAGCAUUCCAGUAUGUUGUUACCUAGGCUCUCAUCUGUACAACGUGCGGGGAAAAUAUCAGUGAUAUUAGCUAGUAACCUGAAGCCUACCAAGUGUAAAGCCACAGAGGCUGUUAGUAAUCAGCCUGCCAAAAACUGUGAUAUUGAAUUGCCAACAUGUUCCAAAAAUUCCAUCAAAAUAAAUGGUUGCCCCAGUAGUUUCGAUUCUAAUGGAAAUAGAACUGAAACAUCGACUCUUUUAACCAAGGAUCAACUACGAUUGUUGCAAGAAAAUUCAAACCUCAUAAGUAAGAAUGAUAAGCUCUGUUCUCUUGAUGCGGAUGCUUUGGAUGAUUAUUUAAACGGGGGUAAUAAUUCUCAAGAACAAGAAGAGGAAUUGUUGCAGUAUUUUCAACAGAAUAGUUCGUCUAGUUCAGAUGUAGAGGCAAAUGCCAUUACUGGGGACACAGAACAAAUAUCAAGAUCCGAUAAAGUGUCUCAAUUGAGAUUAAUAUUAGAACAAAAUCUAAAAGCUGGUACCGAGCAUCCACCGAUUGACAUAGUAUCCGCUACCAUAGUCAGGCAGAAUACAGUUAGUGAAAAACAGGAGGUUACUCAAACGCAUAAUUUGAUACUUCCAACAUUGUUAAAUCAUUCGAAUCAAACUAAUACAAGACGCAGGGUUAGUUUUGAAACUAAUGUCGUUGAACAUGUACAAGAUUCCAAUGUUGUUACGAAUACCGUACCUCAAAGCCCAAACACGCGUCGUAGAAUAUUUAAUUUCACACCAAUAUCGCCUGGUCCACAUUCACCUAUCAAUGGUCGUGCUUCCAAAUCCAAUUCCGCAAACGCAAGUCCUUUCGUUUCACCAAGAAAUACGCCAGUGCCUCGGUCACGGAGUAAUCUACAAGGUGGCAGCUUUAGAUCUCGAGCGAGUCAGAAGUCUUUGUCGCGUUCCAUAUCAUGCAGCAUGCCGUAUACUGGAAAAAACGAUACGUUUGUAGUACCUACCAGUGGUCCUGAAUUAGUGCGACAAGUAUCGAUGCCACAGUCACCUCUUACUUGUACAAAGUCAUCCGAAGUACAGGUUGGUGGUAGUGCGACGCACAUUGCUAUAACAUCGAAGCAAGAAAGUCAAGGAUCACAAUGCCCUCCAUUUUUAGCAUCGGAUUUAGCACCGCAAAAGCAACUGCUUAUUAAUUAUCCAAGUCAGGAAAAUUUACAAGAAAUUAAGAACGUGUAUCAAAGACCACAACCAACGGAUCAGGAGAUCAGUGAAUUGUUGCUUGGCAAUAAACAAUUUACCACCGAACAGCUUUUUUGUAGAUCGCAAUCUGUUCCUUUACAUCGUAUGGUAAAUCCUGCGUUAAUGUCUCCUAUUUCAACACAGCAGUGUCUCUCAAGUUUUCAAAGUCAUAGUUUUAAUCCAUCUACAAGCAGUUCAAUAGCUCCUACUCCUGUACCUAGUGAAUUCAAUGAUUUUGGUUCUAUAGGUCAACCAGAAGGGACUUCUUAUUUAUUAAACGACGUCGAUCCAAACUUUAUAUCGGAUGACCAACAAUUUUUGAUGAACGAUAAAGAGAUUACAUCUGAAAAUAUAACAAAUAUUCUCAAUAUUCUGAGUGAAGAGGGAUCACAAAGUUUACAGAUUCUUCCGGAACAAUCUGGAGAAGAAGAUUUGAUAGAUAAUAAUGGGAUAGUUUUAGAUACUUUACCAAAUUCAAAUAUAAAUUUGUCAGAAGAAGAUAUGCUGGAUCCUUCGAAUGUUCUUGAUAGUUCAGUCAGUGGGGCAUUGCAGAAGAUUAUACAAUCUCGUUCUUAUCCAAACACACCUCUUCCUGCACCAGUAUCGACAUAUACACCAUCUUAUGCAGAAGAUAGUAAUGGUUCAAGAUCAUAUCCUUCAACACCUCUGCAUACAGUACAGUCUCAGGAAGUUUAUCAAGAGUCAAACGAACCAAUGCUCUCCAGUCCUACACUUAAUUCUUUGAAUUUACACGGAGAUACAACGAGUAUCGCUACAUCGGAUAAUGGCUGUAGGAAUGUUGCAGAUUUACUCGAGACCACUUUCCUUGGAGAGCCCGAUGGAGAAGCCGAUGAUCUGGAUCCUCUUAGCAAUUUUGAUGGAUUGCAAGAUGUUGAUCCAUUGACUCCUUUAUUCAAUGAAGUGACAGAGCCUAAUCGUUGAGAAAGGUCUAUUUUGACAGAGGUAACUCAGAUAUUGCAUUCUUUAUAGAAAUUUAUUCAAUAUUUUUUUAUGUAGUCGCAUGUUUUUCAAUUAUAUCAUAUAUAGUACUUUGUAUAAUAAUAGAUACAUAUAUUAUUGUGCAAAGUACAUAUCAUCACAAGGAAGAAUUAAUGAAUUUAAGUUCAUCCAUAGUGUCACAGACGUCAAUGUAUUUAUGUUCAACUUUCAGCAAUGAAAAUACUACGUUGAAAUUUUUAACUAUACUUGCUUUUAGGCUACUAUUUUCUGAUCAAUUUUAAUUACAUUUUUAUCUUCGCAUUAGCUCAUAUAUCUUCUAUGCUAUAAAUAUUGUCAAUGAUUGCAAUAGAUUAUAAUUAGUGCAAGUAAAUAACUCUAAUAUUUAUAAAUUUAUUGUCAUAGUUUAAUUAAAUAAAAUAAAAAUUAAUGAACUUACUCAUUGAUACAAAAGAAAAGUUCAAAAUAGAUGAUCGAACAGUUUAGUAGUAGUAGCCCAUUUUUGUAAUAUUCGAUGUUACAAAUUUUUGGCUGAUUAUGGGAACAUAGGAUGUUCUUCUAAUUUUUAUGGAAUAACAAAGCUCAUAACUGCCAUAUUUUUUAAACUUCCAUUAUUUAAAUUGCUAUCUAAUUACGCUGUAAUUGCUAUAUAAUUAAUAAAUACGACGGUACUGUGACACGAAUUCUAAACUUUUUAUAGUGUUUUUCUGACUGCCGACUGUCAAAACAUUAAGAUAAUAUAUUAAGAUUUUAGAAUCUUUUGAUGCAAAAUUAAAAUUAUAAUGAUGUUAAAAGAAUGACAAUGAAAUUGCUCAGCUGAGAGUAUUUCUAUCUUAUAUCAUCUUAGAUAUGAGAGAGACAAAAAGUUGAUUUUAUACAAAUACUUUAAUAUUCGUCGUUUUGAAGCGCUUGUUUCUAAGUCAUUUAAGAACAUGUUAAUGUGACUCUGUUAUUUAACCACUCUAUGAAAUAUUAGCAAUCAACUGUUAGGCAUUGGUAUUGUGCGGUAUUGAGCCCAGUAUAUAAUAGAACGUACUUUGUAAUCCUAUAAUUGAUUAGUAACUACAUUUUGUAAUAAAGUAUACAGUCUUAGUUGAUCUUUUUAUUACUUAUCAAAUUCAAACUAUCAGGUGGUGUUUAAAUCCUAUAGAAAACAGUGUUUUAGAGCCCCUUGCAUACUUUGGUAUUAUACCACAUUUUAUAUCAGUUAAAACAACACAAGCUAUUGCUACAGUAGAUCUUCUUUCUCUUCUUUUUUUUUGUUUACUAAUUAACAAAUUUUAAAAAUGAUUCCACGAGAAUACACAUUAGAUUAUAUAUAUAUAUAUAUUCUUUUUUCGUUUUUAUUCAAAUAGAGUAUUUGAAUCAAUAUUUAUCAAUAAUUGUUAAAAUUCUUUAAUUCUUUUAUCUAUAUUUUAUGAGAUGAAUUAGCAGCUGUGGUCGAUAGUUUUAUCACUUGAACUUAUGACACAUGUGAAAUUUUUAAUCUACGUUUUACAACAUAGAAUAACAUUAUACGUAUAUAAAAAUGCGGUAAUCGCGAUUUAUUCACGCAUUAACUUACGUAUAAAGUAUUAUAUGAAGUGUUACGUAGCUAAAUACGAAAUUUUAUAUAGUUAACAUUAUAUAAUUAAUCGAUUGAUAUGAUUUUUGUAAAAUUUUAUUUGCGAAAAGUUUUAUUGAUACAAAUGGUAUAAAGGAAGUUAAAUAAAGAUUCUUAGCGCUGGUAGAAAAGGAGCAUGAAAGAAUCUUCCGUGGCAAGCACACUUUCUAUCACUUUGUCCUUUAAACAACGUGAUCAUUCUCAAUUAUUAGUUAUGAUAACGAGUAAAGGAAAAAAUAAAAAUCUAAUAAAUAGAAAGUAUCGCAGUUUUAUUUUAGAAUCGAGAAAAAUUCUUCAUCAAAUAUUAUGCGAUAUGAAGAAUUAAAUGCCAGGAAAAAAAUAGAAAGUUUGUAAGCUAGAGGAGAGCAAGGAUAAUACGCAAUAUCAAUGAAAUUGAAUAAGCUUAUUCUUUUUUUUUUUUCUUAAUAAAAAUCGUUUCUCUUCGAUCGUUUUUUAAUGCAAACGUUCAAAAUGUUUAAUUUUAAUAAUGGGUUAUUUAUAAUGUUCAUUCAAUUUAGAUUUCUUUAUGGAAUUUUGCGAAGAAAUACCUAAUUGUUUUCAGAUCACGAAUUUUGCAAGUCGAUCACGAAUAAAUUUGAUUCGAUCGUGUUUGCAAUAACAACUGCGAAUUAUGCGGAAAACGUUUUUUAAAGAAAAGAAUUGGACGAUUAGUCAAGCGUAUUAAAAAAUUGAUUAACUAUUCAAUUACGAUGUUUUACUGCGUAUUGCGAGAUCGUCGUAAAGUUAUUAUUGUACAAAUAUAAAACUGAUUAUAAUCAAGUAGUGUGUGUGUGAUACGAAGGGAAAGAAAAAAAAGAUUUAGUAAUUAACGAAUAAAUCGUGAUAGGAUCGUUUCGAGAAGAAAAUAAAAAAAAUAAACCGGAUUUAUUCGCAAACGUAAUACUACGAAUAUUCUUGUGUGAAAAAGUAUUUAACACAAAUUCGACCAAUUCUCGAAAAUCUUGCGAAUUUCUAUGUGAAAAAUUGCUACACUUGUAAUUAUAAGUAAGGAACACGUAUUAUGAUAUUACUUGUUACACGCACAAAAACGAUUUAGGUAGAAGUUAUUCAAUAUAAUCGUAUAAUCAGGGUUUGACCGUACUGUUGUGCUUUUUCUAUUUAUCUAGAUACAAGUUAAAAUUAUAUAUACAUAUAUUUCGACAAUUCUAUUUUACGCUCUUGCGAUUCAAAUUUCCUUCGUAGUUUAACUACGAUUCAUACUAAUGCAUACGUACUAAUUUGACCGAUAUGGAAGUUUUGAAACUUACAUAAGAGAGACUACAUGUGAAAAAUGAAAGAUAACAUCGUCGAAGUCGGUUGAUACCAAAAAAUACUUGUAUCUAGAUAUAUUAACAGCACUAUUUUAUUUGCAACUGAAAAUUAACACACACACACACAUACACGAAAACCAAAGCGCGUGUACGCGUUUGUGCAAAUGUGUUUAAUAUAAGAACACUCAAUAGACACAAUUAUAUUUAAAAGAAGGACGAUCUUGUCCGAAGCAAAAGUAUUUCAAUUCAUUUGAAAAAACUGCCACAAAAUUAUUCAAUGCAAUAAGAUUACGGCUUUUUCUGAAAGUAAUAAAUCAAGAAUGUGAUUGUAUAGCGUGACAAGAUCGUUGUUAUCUCAAGAUAAUAUAACUAAUUUACGUCUUGUAACGUCACAUUGUAUUCCUUUUCUCCUUCGAUAGUUUGUCCAUUUAACGAUCUAAAUUGAUCUCACGACUAAGUUGACUAAAUCUUUUGAUUCAUUUUUAUUUAAACGAGAUUUUAUCGUUUUGUCGAAAAUAAUCCGUUGAAACAAUGUUUUACGAUAGAUUAAUAUUUUUGCCGCUUAAUAUCAUCGUAUGGUCAUAGUUUUUGUAAGAAUAUUCAGUGUUUAUUUGUUCUUUUUUUAAAUUUAAAGUUAUUCGCAAAUUUCGAAGGAGAAAAAAUGGCUCCAUCGGGAGAAAAAAAAGUUAUUACUUAGAUAUCAAUAGUAUUGCAUGGGGUAGAUCAGUGAAAUAUACAACAUAUACAUAUAUCAGAGAAUCGUAGAAUGCAAUAAAAUUUUUCAGAUGAUUUUUGAUCGAUGUACACAUAAAGCCAGACACGCAUAUAAAUCCAAAUCCAAUCAGUUAUUAGAUCUUCAAAGAAUACUUGCAGUCACUGAUUAUUUGUUGUUAAGUAAUAUGUAAUUGAAUUUUGCGCGGAUAAUAUUAAAGAAACACGCUGGUAUGAAGAGAAGGGAUAUGUUGCAUUGAAAUGAAAGAAUAAGAGAGACAGAGGGGGGGGGGGGGGGGAAAGGGAAGAAGAAUAGUAUGACAAAACUCGAUGUGUUUAUGUUUACUGACAUACAUAUAAAUGUACCGUUGACAUUGUUAUCUUGCCAGGAGUGAUCUAUCUGCGUUCUUGCGACAAUCGCAUUAUUUUCACAUCAAGAUAAAUCUAAUGAUAUCGUAUAAAAAUGAUCGCGCAGAUGAAACGAUCUUCAAAAAAUCGGCUUCCUCGAUUUCAAGAAGAUUCUUUCAUUCAUUUAUAUAUAUAUAAAAAAAAAAAAGAAAAAAGAAGAAGAAGAAAUUUCCUUGAUCUUUUGUACCGUCGAAUGCCAAGCGAAUAAAAUCAAGCAAUCGGAAAGCGGUCUUCCGAUUGCGUGAGCAAGUAUCGCUGGUGGUUCGCUUUUCUUUGUAAAUAAAAACUCUUUUUUUUAGAAAACGUUAUAAACAAACAAAA